GUUGGGGUCAAGUUAAAAAUGGCGGAUAAAGGUUUAUCAUAGAAAAGAUGUUCAGCACAGAAGAUUUAAGAAAAAGAUGAUUGUUCUAUCAAGCUGUCUCAUUCCAACUUUCUAUCAUUCCUCAACCUGUCAAAACAUCUUUUAUAAAAUAAACUCUGACAUUUUUGUCACCAGUGCAUCAAAAUGGCUGGAAAGUAAUCAACAAAGUUCUUAGUUUUAUCCACAUUUUUCCUUCAAACAUGGAUAAACGAGAUAUUUUACAUGGCAGUAGACAUCGAAGUGGGGCUACAAACUUGGAAAAUAUUGAAAACCAGCCCCCCCAUACUCAAAAUAGACUUAAGGGUAUUGAUAAGCCUGGGAAUGUUGAGGGGGGUCAAAAGUCGCUAAACUUUGGAUCAAAUGUCAGUAAAAUAAAGGAAAUGUUUCAAGCCGGACAAUCUACAGCAGGUAAACCUAAAAUGGCAGAGUUACCUCCCCCUGUUUCUGGUGUUAAUGAAGCUGAUCGUUGUCCAGCAUCAAAGAAACAGAAGAUGAAUGAUUCUCCCGAACACCGGCAUACUUUAGAGUCAAAACCAGACGUUGAAGUGCCUGAGCCAAUUGACCCUAAGCUUCUGGAAGCGACCAAUCAUGUACAGAGAUUUAAUUAUACUCGCGCCUUGUUUGCCAGAAUGGAAGCUGAAACAAUAAAAUCUCAGGACAGUCCAGAAAAAUCUAAAUCAAAACCUGUUUCAACUCGGAAAUCUUCUCCUAUUCGUGUUAUUCCUAGAUCACCUGUAUUGACCCCUUCUUCAAGUUCACCCACAAGUCCAGAUGCACGAUCUUUCCAUGUAGCAGACACAUAUGGGGCCUCAUCUCAGCGCAUGUCGAGAAAAGAUUCUAGUUCAAGUAGUCGUAGCCAUGGUCCUCCAGUUUACUCACCACGUGAACGCUCAAACAGUGACCAAUCGCGUCGUAGAAGUGAUAAGGACUAUCAGAGACGCACUCGUACAAAUAGCGAUUCCACAAGUGAAAGCACAGAAACACAAAGUAUAGAAAGUCCAAGAUAUGGUAGUUCAACUAGCUCUGAUAUGAGUAAUCACGGCAGCCCAAGAUCAAAACAUUUAGACACAAGUAGCACUAAUGAUAAUUCAGCAAAUUUACGAAGACGAACAUUAGAUGUUGAACACGUUGAAGAUGGUAGCCGUGAUCGAACUGGAAAAUUUUAUGGAAAUUUGGGUGUUAACAAUAAUGCCUCUUCAUCUGAGACUACUACAUGCACGUCAUCUAUCAAAUUUGUGCCAAAAUUGACAAAACCCGAUCCUGCUCCUUUAGGGGCUGAGCGAAUCAACAAGCUUAAUUUGCGAACAAACCUAAAUCAGAAUCAAAAUGAGGCAUCCAAUAAAAGUGGUGUACGUACUCGUCAAUAUCCUGAUUCCAUUUCUAAACAUUCCAAAGACAAUGAUCAAAAAGAGGGCAAUAACUCUGAUAGAUUACGCAAUACAAAAACACAAGAUGGUGAAACUAAUCGUAGACUGAGUCGUGAUGAUAUAAAAGCAGCCAUGGCUAAGGCUGAUGCAUAUUUGGCUCAUUUGACAGAUUCCCCUAAAAAGAAAGAAACAGGCUCUGAAUAUAAACGUCGUUCGUGGGAUCCACGGGAUUCGAGCGAAGAUAAAUAUAAUCACAAGAGAAGGUCCUGGGAUGCUCGCGAUUCUCAAGAAAGAAAGAGUUUGACCGAAGACAAUUUAGAAAAUGGUUGUAAUAAUUCAUGCACUGAGGAUGUGAUUGACAAAAUGGAUGCAACUGUGUCAAUGAAGCUUAAGGCAGAUCUUGGUUCUCCACGAAAAGAAUUUAUAGUGGAAAAAAUUGACACUAAGACGCUUGUUUCAACUCUCACAAAACCGACUCCACUCCCGAAACGAUCUGCUCCUGCUCUUCCUCUUAAACCACCAUAUCCCGGAAACACAAACUCAUCGUCUGUCGUGCGACCCCUUGCACCACCCCCGCCUGCCCCUAAACCUGGAUUAAGAGAAGCUAAGAAGUCCGAAGUAAGUUCAGUACCUAGUGAAUCACAAAGCUGGCCUCCAUUAUUAAAUGGUAAUGAGGACUGGAGGAAUACUGAUCCCCCUGCCUAUGAAAGGAGCAGAGAUCCGCCUGCAUAUGAGGAUAGUUUACGAGAUACUGCCAGAGAAAAUGAAACCGCUUUACUGGCAGAAAAUACAGAAUUACAAAACUCAACACCAAGUGCUCAACCUAAUUUAUUUGAACGAAGAGAGGAAGGUGAAGCUGAUAUAUUUUCUAAAAGAGAACAAGGAGAUGGCCAUGAGGAUCCUGAUUUACCUCUUCCACUUGAAGCAGACAGCGAUGUUAUACCUUACGUAGCUCAAGAUAAUUUUCUAGAAAUAAAAGGAUUAUCAAGUACAGAUGAGGAUAGCAGUGAAGAGGAAAUAGAAUAUAGAAAAGCAACAAAAAUACGAUUCAGUCGUCAUCCAAUAAAGAUGUUUCCCACUUACUCCACUGAAGAUUAUGACAGACGAAAUGAGGAUGUGGAUCCAGUGGCUGCCUCAGCUGAAUAUGAACUUGAAAAGCGUGUUGAAAAAAUGGACGUCUUCCCUGUAGAUUUAAUUAAGGGACCAGAAGGUCUCGGAUUAAGUAUUAUAGGUAUGGGUGUAGGAGCAGACGCAGGGUUAGAGAAAUUAGGUAUAUUUAUAAAAACAUUAACUGAGGGUGGAGCUGCACAAAAAGAUGGCAGAAUCGCAGUAAAUGAUCAAAUAAUAGAAGUAGAUGGUAAAAGUCUAGUCGGGGUUACACAGGCCUAUGCAGCAUCAGUUUUACGCAACACUAACGGAACAGUCAAAUUUUUAGUUGGUCGAGAACCAGACCCUAGUAAAAGUGAGGUAGCUAAAUUAAUACAACAAUCUUUAGACCAGGAUCGAAGACGUGAAGAAAUACGUCGACAAGAACAUGAAAGACUUCAGGAAUUACGUGACGAAUUCCAUCCUAAAGAUGAAGUAUUGGAACAUGAGCAUCAUAAUCAUAUACAUCAGUUAGAGCGAGAAGAAUCAGAUCGGUCUUAUAUGGAAGAAGAAGAGACUGAGGAGGAGAAGGGUAUGGAGGAUGCUCAAGAAAAAGAAGAGGAAGAAGAAGAAGAGGAGGAGGAAGAAGAAGAAGAAGAGGUAGAAGAAACCUAUAUUGAUGCAGGUGACGCCACACCCAUGUCAGCUCCAUCAGGGAUGGACUCUGACAGUACACCUGCUAGUUCACCUGAAGAGAUGGGUGAUAAGCCAAAUGUGGAGGUAUUUGAAUUAGCAGAAAGUAGCAGUGAUACAACUUCACCUGAUAUGGAUCCACAGGCUCUCUUUGUUAAAUUAAAAGAGGCACAUUAUAAAAAUGCUGUAUCAGAAGCAGAACUUGCCAAACUUAAAGCUAAGAUGAUUUUGUUAGAAAAUGUUGAAGUACAGAAAAAACAGACAGACAAAAAAGUUGAUGAACAAAGUUUACGGCUUCGAGAAUUGGAAAAAGCCCUGGAAAGUAGCCGUAAAGAAAUCUGUCAGUACCAGGAUUUAUUAGAAGAUUCUCAGGGUCAAUAUAUUGCCUUAGAAAAACAGAUGAAAAAUGACUGUAUAUCUUUAGAAAAAAAAUAUUACAAAGCUAAAAAACUUAUAAAAGAUUUUCAACAAAGAGAAAAAGAUUUUAUUCAGGAGCGUGAAUCGUUACUUCAACAACAAUCCGAAAAAGAUCAACAAUAUAAUGCACUAGUUAAAUCUUUGAAAGAUAGGAUAUUUGAAUUAGAGAAAGAUUUAACGACAGCUCAGACAGCUGCUGGGUUACCUGUUAAUCUACAGUCAGGAAAUGACAAGAUAAAUAAAUUAGAUGUAAUACCUGUAUCCAAGCCAGUCAAACCUCUUGUUAAAACAACAUCUACAGAAGAUGCAAUAUCACCUGUUGGAAGUGUAUCCGAGGUUUCAUCUGGUUCAGAAAUAUUUGGUUCAGAUCCAAUCCUUACACCUGAUGUUGAAUCACCAAAGACUCCACCAUUUGUAAAUAAUAAAUCAAAAGAAGAGUUUGAAGAAGUACCGAGUACACCUUUAUUAGAUACUACAGCAAGUAAAGCUAAAGCUGCCUUGGCUAAUAGUUCCAGACGACCUCCAACUAAACGCUCUAAGUCUACUGAUAGUGAGUUAGAUGGAGUUAAUAAUACUGGUGUUAUUAAAGAAGACACAGAAAGUCGACAAGAAUCUGAGAGUGGCCUUGAAACCUGGAUCAAACAUGACAGCGACAGUACUGUUAGAAAAAGUAAUAAUAAAAAACGAAGAGGUCAACCUUCCUCUAGUAAUAUGAUGCCCUCGUCCCCUCCCCCUCCUCCUCCUCCUACACAACAUCCACCACCCCUUAGUGGUGAGGGUGAUAAUGAUAGUGUUUCCACGAAUAGUCACUCUAGACAGGAAAGUCAGUCAGAUACCUCCUCUUCUGUAUCACAGACCUCAUAUGAUCCACAUAGACCACAAUUUCGUGGUUUGGAUUCAGAAAUUCCUGCUUCAACAGAUGUAAAUGAAGAUUCAGGGGCCAUAACCUUGGUUUCAGCUAAACCUGCCAAAGGUUUCGGAAUACCCAAAUUUAAUAUGAAACCAAAACAACCCGGUUCAACAAACAGCAGUACAAGUAGUAUCGUACUUUUAUCCAAUCGACGCUUAGAUUCUAAUGAUUCUUUAACUGACUCAGGGGGAAUAACUCUUAUAUCACGGACACCAAUUGAUACAGGUUAUGAUGUAACAAGUUCUACAAGUGACAUCUCAUCUUCUAUGAUGGUGUCAGAAUUUGAUGAAGAUGGUGCCAAAUCUACUUUCACUUUAAAUAUAUCAGGAACACCUGCAGCAGAGGAGAAUUUAUCACCGAACAAAAGAAAUUUGAAUCAAUUUCAGUCUUGUCCUAUACCAGACUGGACAACAGAACAUGUGUGUCACUGGUUAAUUGCACUAGAAUUAGAGAAAUAUACAACAGUUUUUCGUGAUAAAAAUAUAACCGGCUUACAGCUACUUGCUAUUGAUGGUUCUAAAUUAAAGGCCUUAGGUAUUAUUAAUGGUAAAGAUAGAGAAGUAUUAAAGAAGAAAGUGAAAGAAAUGAAAACAGCAUUAGAAAAAGAAAAGAAGCAGCAAGAAAAAGAACGAAAGGCUAGAGAGAAGGAACAAAAGAAGCAGUUAAAGAAGAAAUGAAAUUAAGAAAACAUAUUUUAUACUCAAUUCAUCUAUUUUCAAAUCUUCAUCAAUGUUUUUCAGAAACAGAAUAUUCUGACUUAAUUUUACAAAAAUUCAAGAGUUCUAUAAUCAGAUCAAACAAAUGUUAAAAGUUUUAGAUACAAAGAUAUUGGAAAUCCAUAAAAGCCAAAAGAAUAUUUUCAAUCAUCAAUUUUUUAAAUCAUGUUAUUAUAGAAAGAGUUAUGUUUGACUCUCUAAGGCCUUUAUAUAUUAGGUAGCUUUCUCCGGAAUAAUGACAAAAUAAUGAUCGAUAGUUUAUUAAAGGAUCAUCAAAAAAACACUGAUGACAUGUAUAUCUUAAUUCAUAAGAUCUGCAAGAUCAGAUCACAAAAUGUGGUAACAAUAGAUUUAAUUUAUUUUAAAAAAUCAGCAUAUGUAGGAAGGUCUUCAGAAUUGAUUGUGCCUUAAUGGAGCCAUAAAAUAAAUUGGAGAUUAUUGGCCAGUGUGAGCAAUGAAUGUCUCAUAUUAAUACUGCAUUUUAGAUAAACAUAGAUUCUUUGUUUUGGUUAAACUUGACUAGUAUAGAGAAAUUGAUGAUAAUGAAUGAAAUGGUUCUUCUGCCUUUUUCUAGUGGCCUUGCCCUUUUCAAGCAGUGCUUAGCUUGGAAAUAAAAUUAAGUAAGGAAAGUGUGUAAUAGAUUUAUGGUAGUUUGCCAUUGAGAAAUUAUGAAUAGACAGUAUGGGUAGAUGAUUAGAAUUUCUAUUAAAGAAAUCAAAUAGAAAAUUAUUAUAUGAAUAUUACAUGAUGAACAUUAUCACAAUACACAGGAAUGUGCCUGGUUUUAGUUAUAAAAAUAUUUUUAUGGUAAAUAUUGAAUUCAUUUUGUUAAAAUUCAUGAGAAAUUAGACUUAAUUGUACAAAGAAUAUGAAUUUAAAUUGUUCAUUUGUCUUGUACAAAAUACAAAUUCUGAUCCUUUGUUCCUACAAUUUAUUUCUUUCAACCAUUUUUGGCUUUGUAAAAUUAGCAUAAUGGUUUAUUUAAUUUUGCUCUGACAGUGUCAGUUGAUCAUAGAAAGGUAUUUUGUUAAUGGUUUAAUCAAAUUUCUGUUUUACUGUAAUUCUUUUUGUUUUUUGAUUUUCUUUAGUUUUUAAACAAUUGUUAGAUAUGCAAUGAUAGAAAAUAACAUACCAUGGCACAUCCCUAAUUAUAUACAUACAGGCAUCACAUCAUUUCAAGUAUUAAAAUAUAAGUUUAUAACGUCAUUAACAAGGUGUAAUUUAUUCUUACAUUAUAAAUUAUGUGUAUGUUAAAUAUAUAUAGAUAAUGUUUGUUAGUUGUAUGUUUGUUUAGAAAUUGUAUAUUUUGUAUAUUUUUUAGAUUUAUGUAUAUUUGUUUACUAAUGUGCAUGCUCUUCGAUAUUUGUAUACAGUUAAAUGGUAGUACUGUAGAGACUUAGGGCUUCAUUCUUUACACAUAUUUUUUUAAUCCCGAUUGCAAAUAAACGUUUUAAUAAUAAAUAUUAACAUUUAUUCAAUCAUGAAGGUUUAUAUUUGAGACAUUCAAAAUUUCUGUAAAGGAUGACAUAUUUUAACUAAAGUGUAAGCUGUAUAUUAGUAAAUAAAAUUUACUAUUAUCCUAGGCCAUAGUUAUAUGGCUGGUCAUCAUCUCACUAGUCUCAGUAUGACAUUAGUAAAACAAUACUGGGGUGUGCACAUCAGGUAAAUAGUUAGUGCUUGCCGUUACUGCGUAUUAUGUUGUUUCUCUAUUUUGUAUAUUUUUAUAUAGUUUCACAAAAUAUGAUUGGAGAUCAAAUCAAUGUAUCAUGGUGAAGAUAGUAGGACCCUGUUGAACAGAGGAUACUUACAUACACAUAACUUUUAUAGGCAUGUUAAGUUAAAUGUAAAGGUUUAUGUGUAUGUAAGUAUACAAGUGCUUUGUUCAAGUGUUUUAAUAUUCUUACAUAUCGGAUAUUUACUAAAGCAAACAUAUCCUGAUUUGCUUCUAGCAGCUCAUAAAUGCAGGGAUUACAGGAAUUUACACUUUCAUAAUCACAUUGUUUUACCAUAAGGCAAAUUACGCUUGUAUCGUAUCCCCAAUGGCUAAUUUUAGUAAAAGAUUUCUCUUGACUAAAACAGUGUUUAAGUGUGAAGGCGUAUGGAACAUUCGACUCAAAUUUGCAUUGGGGAAUACAGGUUCAUUAUAUGGUCUUUAAUUGCAAUCCAUAAUAUUAUAUGGAUUAUUGUUAUUGAAAGACCUACCUUAUAUGAGUAUAUAUCAAUAUAUCUUUUAUAAGACUGUUCUUAUUGUACAUUUCAUUUUACUUAAAAAAAAAUCUUUACUUUUCAUAAAAGUAACUGUCUCUUUGUGAUUUAACUUUCAAUCAGUCAAAUGUGUUUCUGUGUUCUCAGAUUUUUUGCAAAUGUCUCAAUAUGAAAUCUAUACAAUGUUUUUCCUUCUCAACAGAUUUUUAUUUUCUAAAUUGUCAUUUGUUGGAUAUCUUAUGAAGAUAUUAAUUAAUUUGUAUAUAUAGAAUAAUAAGUGCUGAAUAUAAAUGUAUGUAAACAUAGUGUUCAACCUUUUCAUUUUCACAAAACUUGUGGUGUAUCCCUCUAAGAACAUAGUAUAUUACAGUCAUAGUUAAAAAAAUAAAAUGAAUUGUUUCUUGUACUAUGAUAAUGGCAAAGAAUUUACAAGCAUGUAUAGUUGUCAUAAAAAUGGUCAGAAUAUUUAUAAGGUGGGUCUUCUUUGUUUUUGGUCAAAUUAAAGCAUUGAACUGGGUUAAUCUGGUAUGUUAUUUUCAUUAGUGAUGAGCCAAGUUCUGUAUGAUUCAGAGCUAUAGGAAGUCAGUAGGUUUACGGAAUUUUUUUUUAAACUUUGGGUUAAAGAGAGGCACUGCUCGGCAAUAUGCAAUUUAAAAUAUCCCAUUUCUUAUAGUGCUAUAUUAACAUCAAAUGUUCAGGAAUUAUUGCAAUAGCCAAAAUAAUUCUAAUCAGCAGUUUUGGGGGAAUUUGCUUAAUAUGACUGUAAAAGUAUUUUAGAUGUAGAUCUAAUGAAACAAAUGAUUAUUUCAAAUAUAAUACCUGUCCCUUUAGUCUACAAUUGUACAAACUUUGAAAUAGAAGUCUUGAGUCAAUAUUCUAAUAGGCAUUAAAGAAGCUAAACCACUUUAAAUUAGAUAUAAUUUAUGAUUGGGUUGAUCAGCUCUAGAUUAAAUUUUAGUUUCAAACUAUUAAGCAAAAUUGGCUUGUUUUACUGAAAUUAUCUUUAUUUUCACUGACUUUGAACAUGUAGAUAAACUUCCAUCCCAUAAACAGAUGAUCAUAUAAAAUCCAGUGAAGUCAACAAUUUAAGCUUUGACCCAUAUCAAAAACCUUUAGCCAUUUUAAGUUUUCAUUACUUUUUACAAUGUGCAUAUUCAUGGUUUAAUAUUUGUCCAGGGAUUUUUUUUAUUCAUUUCUUUGAUAUAUGUGUUAUAAAAUAGUCCAUUAUAUUGUUUAGAGCUCAACAUUGUUUUAAUACUGCCUUAAAUAACUCAACAAUCUGCAUGACAUUUUUUUUUUUUUUUUAAAGUGUGCAUAUAUGUUGUAUUUUUGAAUGAAAUUUUUUGUACUCUUUAGUACUAAAUUGAAAUUUGAUGUUUAACAGACGUCAAAUUUUAUAUACAAUUUUCUAAAAAUUUGAAUUUAGCUGUUGACUAGUGCUCAAUUUUCUGAUAAUCAUUAGUAUAUUUCAAUAAUUAUUGUUACAAUAAAAAAGAAGAUAUUUUUGAAUAAAUAUUUUUAUGCGUUACAGUUAGGGGUUCUAUUUUAUAAUUUCUUGUUUAUUAGCCUUGAAAAGUGUACAGUUACUUCUGCCAAGAAAUAUUAAUAAGUAUCAUUUAAGUUAUUCCAUAUUAGUGCCACAAAAGAAGUUGAUUUUUUUUUUCUCUCACUCAAAUUUUUUGAAUUUGAAAAUAAAUUAUCACCCUUUAUUUUUUUAAUGUCUAUUUUAUAUUCUUAAUAAUUUAUCACAAUUUAUUCAUUUUGCCUCUUUUUAUUUUCAUUUUAAUUUCUCCUGAAUAUUAUUUGCAUAUUUCGAUUACUAUACUUCAAUACACAUACAAAAUAGGUACUUUUUGUUUUCAUUAAAAUAUGGAUAAAUGUCUUCGAAAUCAUGCCCAAUAUUCAACAGUUGAUUGAAACUAACUAUACUCUUGAAAGAAACCUCAGGAACUAUUUUGUAUGCUGUAUUCAUUUGUUAUGAUUUUUGUUGAUUUGUGAAGUUUUAGUUUAUUUCAUUUCAUUGCAAAUAAUUUCAGAUAUGGAGAACUUCCUUGUUUUAUUUCCUUAAACAAUGCAAACCAGUUUUUCAAUGUAUUACUCCUGGGUUUGUUUUGAUUUUUUUUUUUUUUUUUCACUUCUAAAAUAAAAAUGGUGAUAAUUUAUUUUGACAUAUAUAAUAUAGGUAAUUUAAUGACUUAAUUUCCUUUUUCUAUAUAUCACAAUUUUUAGGUCUAUAUAUAUAUCACAAUCUUAAGGGUUUUUUUUAUACUGUUCAUAUUAUCCUGAUACGAUGGACUAUUCAAUGAAAUUUGACUUAUUAAAUUACCAAUUAUUCGAACCUGUGGUUUUGGUUGGGGUUUGUUUUGUUGUUUUUUGUUUAGAUUAAAUUAAGACUUGAAAAUGCACUAUAUGUUCAUAACUUUUCUUACUGAUUUUAAGUGCUAGCUAACCAUGAUAUUUAUAUUAACUUCAGCAUUAAUGUUCAUAUAAAUUUAGUGUGAUUCAAGACAAUUUGUAAAAUUGAAAGAAAAUCAUCGAAUUUGUCUACUUACAUACUGAUUAAUACUUAAACUAGUUAUUUUCUUACAAUAUUAGAAUGUGACUAAAGCAUGUCGUUCCUAUAUUAGUAUGAAUUUAUGGGCAAUUUAUGUUUUCACAUUAAAAUAUUUUAUGUUUGGAAUUGUUAAAGUAAUAUAGAAGAUGGCAAACAAGAAUUAGAUGGACUAGAAUAACCAGGAAAGCAGAAAGAUUUUAGAAAUUGUUUAUUAGGUAAGGUUUAGGGAGCCAAGAAUUCAUUUUAGUUCGAAAAUGCAUCUUGUCUGAAUAUUAUCAGCAAGACUUUGUGCUAAAAUUUAUAUUGGAUACAUUAUUUUAAGUUUAUCAUUCAAUAGAUGUAAAAAUGUUUAUACUCAUCAGAUCAUAAAUUUCAACAUAAAACAUUUUUAUUGUAUAUUCAAAAAUUCAUUUUCUUUCAUAUUUUUCUACGAUUUUGUGAAACGAUGUUGUGAGCUUCUUGUUCUGGCUAAUACAUACAAGUCAUGUGAUUACGUGUUUUAUUAGUGGAUGAUUGAUAUGCUAGAACCUUAAUUAAAAAAAAAUUGUAAUUUAAGAAAAAUUGUAAUUUAAGAAAAAUGGUAAUAUUAUUAUUAUUAUUAUAUAUAAUUAAUUAUAUUCAUUAUAAUAUAAUCUGUAAAAUGGAAUUGGGAUUUAUAGUAAAAAAUCAUAUCAU